AUGGCAGCUGAAGUUGCGACCCGGAAAUGUAUGGGUGUGGAAUGCGAGAACAAUGCCGGAAGUUUGCAGUGUCCAACCUGCUUGAAGAUGGGCACCGAUAGCUUCUUCUGCUCGCAAGAUUGUUUCAAGCGGAGCUGGAGUGAGCACAAGGCCAUCCACAAAUCGAAGAGUAAUAUCCUGUCCAACCUCUUCCCUCCAAAGGUAGUUUCUGAACCUGAUCCAGCCACGGGACAUUUCAACCCUUUCCCUUCGUUCCAAUUCACCGGAUCUCUGAGACCUGUCUAUCCUCUGUCUCCCAUGCGAACGGUUCCCAAGUCGAUCCCUCACCCCGACUACGCCAAAGAUGGUAUCCCUCGGUCAGAGCAGAAGUUUGUCGGUCGUCACAACAUCACCAUAUUGAAUAAGGAACAGCAAGAAGGAAUGAGGAAGGUCUGCCGUCUGGCUCGAGAGGUGCUGGACAUUGCCGCUCGGGAGGUCAGACCAGGUGUUACGACCGACUACAUCGAUGAGGUUGUGCACAAGGCAUGCUUAGAGCGUAAUUCCUAUCCUUCGCCUCUCAACUACAUGCAUUUCCCUAAAUCCGUAUGUACAUCCAUCAACGAGACAAUCUGUCACGGCAUCCCCGACCAGCGCCCCCUCGAGGAUGGAGACAUCAUCAACAUUGACGUUACCCUGUAUCACAAUGGCUUCCACGGCGAUCUCAACGAGACGUACUACGUUGGCGAUAAGGCUCGUGCGAACCCAGACGCGGUUCGCGUUGUGGAAACUUCUCGAGAAUGCCUGGAGAAAUCGAUUGAAUUGGUUAAGCCCGGCAUGCUCUUCAGAGAACCAGGCAACGUCAUUGAAAAGCUUGCAAAGAGCCGGAACUGCAGUGUGGUCAAGACCUACUGUGGCCAUGGCAUCAACCAGCUGUUCCACUGUGCUCCCAACGUUCCCCACUACGCAAAGAACAAGGCUGUCGGAACGGCCAAGCCUGGCAUGUGCUUCACCAUCGAACCCAUGAUCAACAUCGGUACUCACCGUGAUCGGACGUGGCCUGAUGACUGGACCAGCACUACGGCGGACGGUUCCUUGUCUGCGCAAUUUGAGCAUACUCUUCUCGUCACUGAGGAUGGUGUGGAAGUUCUGACUGCUCGUCUGCCUGAUUCGCCCGGUGGACCCAUUCCCAUGCCGGUCACUGAGGAUGCGAAGACGGCCGAGAGUUGA